UGUUGAGGACGGAAGCUCUCUUCAAAAAUGUACGCGCUGCUUUUCUGCGUUUGUGAAAUCCCGAAACCAACUUCUAGGAGCUUAGAUUUGUUGCAAAUCGGAGGGUUUGCAAGCUCCGGCAUCGUUGCGAAUCAGUAAACAGCGGCCAGCUGCAGAGUAGCCGAAAUAUUGCACGAAUUCUCUCAGGAGGGCUUUAGGGCUCGCAUUCCUCUAAAAGUUUUGCUGUAUUGCAAGCGUGGCUCGGCAGAGGUUUAUCGUUUCCGUGGAAUUUCCUAGUGGUGGUUGAAUUGACGGGUCUGAACAAGGAGGAGGAGUUUCCAAGCGUGGCGCGUAGCUGGGUUUGUAUGAGUGGAAUUGAGCAGAGAAGCAUUUGACAGAAGAGUGGUUGGCACCAUUGCAAUGGCGAAAUCGCUUGCUCUCUCGGUCUUUAAAGCUCGGGGUGUCUCUGCUCAGCAUCUUUGUCACAUCGUUGUAGAGUCUGGUGUCAAAAACCAGGAUUCAAGAAGUUUCAGGUGUCCAGCGUAUGCGAAGACGAGCUUGCCAAAAAUUGUUUUGAAAGUUUCUUGCGCACGUAAAUGUCGAGAAGUAAUCAAAGGACAACCAUUCUCAAGCUUUUACGGCGUGUUACCCGAAAGCUUCUGCUGCGAUUCAAACAGACAUGGCAGAAAGCACCUGGAUGUUUCCUUAUCACGAGCUAUAAAGGCAGAAGGUAAAUUUGGGAAUGAAGGCUUCAGAAAAUUAGAAGUGAUUGAGGAUAACCAUGAAAAUGUUGAAUCAGCGCUUGAGGAUCAGUUCCGUUCCUUUGAAAAGGCUAUGGAAUCGCAGGACGAUCAACUCGCUGAACGAAUUAUGGAGGAAAUGGGAUAUUCUGUGGAUAUAAAACAGAUGAAGGGCUUGGUGAAUGAAGUAAACGCCAUGCAAAUGCAGCUACAAGAUCUGCAUGAUCAAGUUGUACAGUUGGUGGAAGAAGCAGACGAGGAUACUGCCAUUGGCUUAAUAGAAGCCAAUCUUGAAGUUGUAAUGGAGCAGCUUGAGUCUGGCUAUCGAGGAAUGGAGCAAGUUACCAUGCUGGAUACUCUGGCCCAGCUGCGAAUGAGUUUGGGUCAAUUCGAGGAGGCUGAGUAUUUGUUAGAGAUGAUUAAGGAGCUAUUGGAGGUUGUUGGAAUCGACUCACUGCAACCCCUUGCCGACAGGGUAUUAGAGCACAUGGGAACCAUGUACGCUGCGUUAGACAAACCUGCUGAGGGACAACUCUAUUAUGUGAAGAGUCUUGAAAUUCAAGAGGACUUAGUCGGAAAGGAUAGUCCGUUGCUAGUAACUACGCUUUUGGGGUUGGCUAGCACAUACACUGACAUGGACGAGUUAGGGGGAGCUAUCGAGGUUUACAAUAGAGUAGUGACAAUAAUCGAGAAAACAAAAGGCUCCAACGAUGAAACACUGGCACUUCCUCUUUCCAAACUAGGACAUUGUCUCUUGGAAGAAGAUAGGAUUGAUGAAGCUGAAAGUGUCUUGCAUAGGGCAUUAGAACUUGUGGAGCAAAAGUAUGGACCAAAGGAUGGCAGAGUUGGGGUUGCCAAAUGUGCACUAGCUCGAGUUCAAGCCUCUGCUGGUGCGGUUGAUGAAUCUAUUUUCUUGUAUCAAGAGGGAUUGCAACUCAUGGAAAACUGCGACAGCAUGAGAGAGGGUGAUCCAUCCAUGGAGACAGCACGCACAGAUCUGGCUGAGCUGCUCAACCUUGUAGGGAGGAAUGAUGAAGCGGAGAAGUUGUGGGAAGAAAAUUUGCGCGUGAAGGAAAGAUUGUUCGGUCCUAAUCAUCCCUCUGUGAUAGUGCAUCUGCAAAACUUGGCAACGUCAUAUGCCACAGCCGGAAAGCAUGAGAAGUGUGAACCAUUGCUGCGGCGCAGUUUGAAGCUAACAGUAGAAGAAAUGGGCCCAAAUGCUCCACAAGUGUCCGUGCCAUUGGAGUGCUUGGCAACAGCAUUGCACCAUCUGGGACGUCAGGUGGAAGCAGAACCAAUUGCUCGCCGAGCCCUGGAAAUCCGGGAGGCUGCUUUUGGUCCUGACAGUGCCAUUGUCGGGGAAGGAUGCAACUGCUUGGCGUCUAUCUUGCAUGCUAAUGGAAAAUACCACGAGGCUCUGACGUUGAUGAGGCGUGUGUUAGCCAUUCAAGAGAAGGAGCUAGGCUCUGACAGUCCUGCUCUUGUACUCACGUUAGAGUUGUUAAUUAUGCUUUUAGACAAGUGUGGAAGAGAAGAAGAGAUUGAGCCUUUGUAUCUGAGGUUAGCCAAGCUGAGCGCUUCAGAACAAGUAACUGGAGAGGGAGAGGGAGAGGAUUAUAUCGACGACGACUUUGAUAUAAGAAAUUUAGGAGAUUUAGGGAAACUCUUUGGAAGUAGAGCUGCACCUGCAUCCAACAUGCUUGAUGUAGGAGAUGACAAAGAUAUUAUAGAUAUUUGAAUUUAAUAUGUCCAAGCUUAAGUAUC